AAAGAAGGUUAGUGAAGAUGGGAAAUUCUGAUGCUGCAGAAUCAAGCGGGGGCUUGCAAGACAACGCCAGUGAAGGUAGAUUGUACUUAAAUUACAGUGAAGCCACAAAACUAGUGCCACAUAAGUUUGAUGGAGAUAGAGAUAAACUGUCAGAAUUUAUCGAUAAUUGCGACAAUGCUUACAACUUAGUGGAUCCUAAUUAUAAGCAAGUCUUUUUAAAAGUUAUCAUUGGGCAAAUAACCGGUUCUGCCCGUAGUAAGCUCUUAGUUAGAGAUCACACAGAAACUUGGUCUGCCGUGAGGUCUAUUUUGUUGGAAAACUAUGAGAGCAAGCGCACCAUUGACUACUAUGCGUGCACCAUGUUCAAUAGUAGGCAAGAAAAAGGGGAAAGUGUGGCUCAAUGGGGUUCUCGGGUGGAUUCUAUGCAAUUCCAUUUCCGCGAAGCGAUGAAGAGGGUUAUGGAGGACGAAGAAAUUGCAGGCAGCAACGCCUUAAUAGGGAAGUUAGGACGGGCCGUGUUUAUACAGGGAUUGUAUGACGAACGAAUAAAAACCGUAAUCCGGGCCCAAGGCGAACGGAUCACCCUGUCCGAAGCUAUUGACUUAGCAGCUACCGAGGAGUGUGCAAUCACCUCAGAAAGAGAUAAGCGCCGCGUAGCAACUGUAACCCGGUCAGAAAAGAAAAGUAAUAUGAAAUGUUUUAACUGCGGUAAAGAGGGACAUUUAUCGCGAGAGUGUAGGAAAAGGUACACUGUCAGAAGGACAGACCUGGUAAAAGAAAUUCCCCAGAAGACAGGCCAUAAGCGGCUGCCUAUAACCGAAAUAGAUGUUCGCGAAUUCAAAGGGAACGGAUCGCGAGCACAGUGUCCCCCACCAGUAAGGUGCACGGUAUGCAAUCUAACGGGUCACUCGCCCCCGUGUAACAAAGCAAAACCAGUGACAUGCUUCACGUGUCACCAACCCGGACACUAUGCGCGUGAUUGUCGUGAAAGCAAGUGGACUAACAUACGUAGGAAAAAGGGGCAGGGAAACGAGCAGCGAGCGUAAUGCCGCAGUUCCAUUACGCUGCGUCUGGAAUAAUAAGAGCUGCUGACUGCACAGGUAAGAAUGAUUAU